CAACUCCUUAUUCGCUGCUGCACUGACAGUCUUCCCUCAUCGCUUUCAAACUUCACCAGCACGGUGCUUUCCCACACGGCGCUUACGACACACGGCAGUUUUUUUUAUUUAUCACUUCUUCAUUCCGGACUGCAGGUCGUAGGCUAUUCAUAAUUCCACCAGUCUCACAGUUAAACCCUUGUGCUGUUGGAAACGUACGACAGUCCUCGCAAUGACAUGUCAUCAGUGGGGAUACGGAAAAGAGAACGGCCCCUCCGCGUGGCAAAAUGCUUACCCCAUCGCCGUAGGCAACCGGCAGUCGCCCAUCAACAUCGUGCCCAGGGAGACGGUCUACGACCCCACCCUUCCCCCCCUUGCGCUCUCGUACGACCUUUGCUCCUCCAUCAGCAUCUGCAACAGCGGCCAUUCUGUGGUGGUGGAGUUCGAUGAUGCGGACGACAAAGCAGUGAUCAAAGGAGGCCCCUUGCAGAACCCCUACCGGCUGAAGCAGUUCCAUUUCCACUGGGGAGGGAAGGGCUGCCAGGGGUCGGAGCACACGGUGGACGGGAAGACCUACGCGUCCGAGCUUCACCUGGUCCACUGGAACGCCGCCAAGUACAAGUCCUUCGGCGAGGCAGCCGCCGCCCCCGACGGCCUCGCUGUCCUUGGUGUCUUUUUAGAGACAGGGAAUGAGCACAGAGGUUUAAGCGUGAUAACUGACGCGUUGUACAUGGUCAAGUUCAAGGGAAGCAAGGCGGACUUCCGGGACUUCAACCCCACGUGCCUCCUGCCCAGCAGCCUCAGCUACUGGACGUACCCGGGCUCGCUGACCACGCCCCCCCUGCUGGAGAGCGUCACCUGGAUCGUCUUGAAGGAGCCCAUCAGGGUGUCGGAAAAACAGAUGGCAAAGUUCCGAAUGCUGUUGUUCACUGAAGAGGAGGAAAACAAGAAACGAAUGGAGAACAACUUCCGCCCCCCUCAGCCCCUGAAGGGCAGGAAAGUGCGCGCCUCCUUCAACUGACACUCCAAAUGACCACAGGGACCUUCACGACCCUUCCCAGUCGUCUAUUUCGCGCCAGAGAGAAAUCACAAUUCAACCUCGAAACAACCUCGAAGCACAAUUCAACCUCGAUUCAACCCCCCCCCAACUUCACUUUUGGAUUGGCUGCACCCUCUGUCUGACUUUACCCGGUGUGAGUGAGUGGGAAAACUGGCUUCAGUACUAACAUUCCAUUGCCACCUAGGGUGCCUACUCUUAAUGGAAUACCGCCCUCUGCUGGUCACACAAUGCCCUUGUCAGCUUUAACCUCUCCUAAAUACUCUCCCUCAAGGUUAAAUUCAGUAAUAGCUGUCACAUAGGACACAGCUUCAAGGGCAGUGUAGAGUAGCUAUUGGGACAAAGCAACAUGACUAAUGCAUCCUAUCUAGAGAACAAUCUAAAUGAACAAUUUUCAUUCUUCCUGUGAAAUGAAGAGAACAUUCUAUUCCAUAAUUACGCCACAAUCAAUGUGGAGACAUUCAAGGUCAGCAACGCAGAAAAUUUAUUGCAGUACGUGAGUACACAGAGUAACUGCCAGGUGCCCAAGGUGGAACAAGCACAGUGUGAAGGUCAUUUUUAAACAGCAGUCCAGACUUGCUGCUGCUGCUGACCAGAAUCGACCCGGUGUGAUUGGAUUACAGGUGUGUACUUCAGGGGAUUGGGUUAUUUCAAAUAACGUUUGUCUGAAAAGCGGAAGGCUAGCUUUAUUUCCGUAACCGCUCAGCUAAUUCAACCCCCAAGCUCUUGUGUUGUAGAAGAUGGCACCGUUUUCUCCCUGCGUGGUAAAGUGUCACUGUGAACUCACAGUCCUAUUCAAAAUCCUGUCUACAAGUAACAUUGCUAAGGAGAGUUUUUUUCAACGUACUGUCAUCUGCUGUACAACCUGUUUUUUUAGUUGUUUAAAACUAUUUCUUAUUCUUCUUCUUCUUCUGACUCACACUUAAAUCUGCAGAGCUGGAUAAAUCUCAGGCCCAUUUGACUCAAACUAGGUACCUGGGCUUUGUACCAACAACAUGAGAAAAGAACAGGCAUCCUAUUGGCUGACACACUGACCAGCAGAGCUCAAGCCUCAAACACACUGCGGUCUCAAAAGGACCAGACAUUUAUCACAUGAGGGGUUCACACACACUAAAAAAUGGACAAAAAAAUGUAACCCGCUCUUCAUAUCGGCAUUACUCUCAGAGGCCUUCAAGCUAACGCAACUUAUUUCCUGUCAUUCAGCUGACCAGAAUAUCAUGGGAUGUAUUAUUAUUUUUAUUUUUAUUUUUUUCACUUUUAGAGCAAAGGAUUUUGAGUAAGAAAGGCUUAAGCCAGGAGACCCUUUUUUGAUCAUAGGGAAAUUUAUGGUGGAAAUGCUCCCAUUUUAAACUGUUCUUAAAGAAUAACAACAUUAUUUUUUAACAAUGGCAUUGAAGAACGUGAUAUUUUCACACACGUGCGCACACACAAAUACACACGCACACACACCAAGCUGGUUUGGAAUGGUUAAUGACUAGCUCACAGACUAGCUGUAGCUUCCUAGAAUUAUGAAUUCCUUCACCUUGCUGAAAUUCCUAAUGGGGUUAUUGGCAUCUCUGCGUGAGUUAUUUUAGCUCUGCUACUUCCUGUUCCAUAUUAAAAGAGACUUGGUCUUUAAAAAGAAAUGGGGGGAUGGCGGUGAAAAACUCGUUUCAUUUUCUUACGUGGGCAUUGGGCUUAGAAUUCAUUCUGUGCUUGAGACAUGAUUGGUUUUAUUAUUUUAGAUGAAAAUUGUUGUAUAAAAUGUGUGAAUCUAUUUAUAAAAUGUUUUAUUAAAUUGC